GACAAUGUUUCCAACUCUUCUCAGACGAGUGGCUCAAUCAGCAAAGGAGUCUCUACCCAAACAAGUUCCGUUCAGUCUCACGAACAAUCCUCACAAGGCUCGAAAAGUAUGGCCACCUGACUUCAAAGAGUUGACUCAUCAGCAACAACUCCGAUUUGAGAAGAAGUACAAGCGUCGCGUCGCCCUCGCAAGCCGUUCGCCGAGAUGGGACAAGGGCGUCAAGUAUGCGCAGCUUGCCACAAUGGCUGCGGCGAUGAUAUGGCUUGUAUUUUUCUCUGAGUUUGAGUGGUGGGGACAAAAGUAUAAGCCAUCAGAAGAGCUACGGAAACACGCCAUCAAUCUCUUUGGUGUGCUAGAUCCCGAAAAGAGAUAUGAGCGCCGGAAAGAUGCGCCGGAAGUAAACCCAUCGCGAGGCUCGGAUUCCAAAUAAAUUGUAGGAUAAUGAUAUCUGCCGCUGGGUAUGUGUAAUAUAGUAUUUUGUAUAUAGCCAAGGCGUUUUGGUGUGAUACCCGUAUUGGGCAAAGGAGAAAACGAAGAAAUGUAUGCAUAUGCUAGUUAUAGUUUAUAGUUCUAUCCGACCCGUCUCUUCAAGCUCAGUUCAAGACUGCAAGCCAUUAUUAUACCCUUCCUGUCCAUGCAAAGUUGCCUCCAAGACCCAUUCCUGACCCAAUAGUGCCUCGUCCCUCAUUCACCGGCCGUUUGGCGACUGUUCCCUGGGCUCUGACACCAGAAACAAUGCGAUCAAGACUCGUCUCUAUCACAACACCUCCUAUAAUCAUUUCCGACAAGGUCGCAUGUAGCGAUUCAAAGUUGAAGAUGAGAUCAAGCUCGCAGACGUUCUCAAACAACUUAUCGAGCGCCUCGACGUACACCUGUAUCAAGUCGAUCAACGCAAGGGGCGAUUCUGUGGCGGUAGAGAUGAUGAUGAAGUAGAGAGUGGCGUAGUUGCGGUAUGUCACCAGCGAGGGGACAUCAUUCUGCUCUUCGGUCGAGCUGUGCGAUGUGCCGGAGGCGGCGAGAAGAGGAGGCAGAGGCAGAAAGUUGCAAGAGCCCGACGGUCGAUUCGACACGAGCGUGAAUAUCUCCGAUAUCAGGCGCUGCUGGAUGCUGGUGUCCAGCUGGGUGUAGAACUUGGUGAGCCGAGGCUGGCCCUGGCCAUUGAAGACCAAAAAUGCGUUAAUCAUGGCCGCGGAACGAGUCGCAUCAUCGCCCAGAG